AAUCAAACACAAGCUUUAUUCUUUUGUCAGAAGCAGAAGAAAGAAGGAGAUAUAGUGAAGGCUUCAUCCACAGAACACCACCUAAUAUCUAGUAUUUUUGGCAAAAUGAGCUUCAACGAUGAUCAGCCGAUUGUUGCAACUACCCAAGAUGUAUCAGAGGAAAGAUACAGGAGUUCAUUUGUAGCAGGCAAAACAAAGUUGUCAAUCAUCAACAAGACAGAGGCACCACUAGAAGAAACGAAAUUCAAGGUGAUGUUGGAGCUGACAGGGUCAGGACUCGGAAAUGAUAGACCUGGAGUUGAUCUUGUGACGGUUUUGGAUGUGAGUGGGAGUAUGGAGGGUGAAAAGUUAGAAAAGAUGAAGAUUGCCAUGCAAUUCGUCAUCAAGAAACUCAGCCCAAUUGAUCGUCUGUCAGUUGUGACAUUCGAGGCUAAUUCGAAGAGGUUGUGUCCACUGCGCCAGAUUACUGAGAGUGCUCAAUCUGAUAUUGAGAAUCUAGUCACUGGUUUAAAGGCCAGCGGUGGCACCAACAUCACUGCUGGCCUUGAAACUGGCUUGAAAGUCAUCAAUGGCCGCACUCUCAGCAGCGGUCGUGUGGCUGCUAUCAUACUUAUGUCUGACGGUGAACAAAAUGCUGGUGGUGAUGCGGCCCAAGUUGACAUCGGCAAUAUUGUGCCCGUCUUCACAUUUGGUUUCGGCACAAAACAUGAUCCAACGGUGCUCAAUGCCAUUGCACACAAGAGCAAAGGAGGAACAUACUCAGAUGUCCAAAACCAAGACAACUUGAGCAUUGCAUUUGCCGGGUGUUUGGCUGGGCUUCUGACUGUGGUUGUUCAAGACUUAGAGCUAACUGUCACACAAGUCGAAACCGAAUCAACCAUUGAGAAUGUGCGUGCUGGAGGCUACCCUCAAUCUAAGGGCAAUGAAGCUGGCUCUGUAACCAUUUCAUUUGGUGAUCUUUAUGACAAAGAGAUACGUAAGGUCAUGGUAGAUCUUGUUCUUCCUUCUGUUGGCAAGCGAGCAGGCCCAGGGGCAGAUAUUAUACAGAUCGAUUAUACUUACAGCAAUGGAGGGAAACCCUUUUUCGCAAAUACACUGUAUGCUAACGUACGUCGCACGGGGGCAAAUACGGAGGAGAAGGAGGAGGUGUUGGUAGAGGAGAACCGUCUUAAAACUGCAAUGAUGAUAAAAGAAGCAAGAUCCAUGGCUGACCAGAAGAGGCUUGAGGAGGCUCGAGACAAGAUCCUCAAUGCCCAAAGCAUGCUUGAUGAUGAGAAAACCCCUGAUAAUCCAUUGAUUGAGAUGCUGAAAAUUGAGUUGCAACAGCUGCAGAGGUUGAUGAAAUCACAACAGAUGUAUGAAAAAAAAGGGCGUCCUUUUGCACUCUCUUCUGAGACAUCUCAUGAUCGCCAACGUUUCGCCACAAGAGGAGAUGUGGAGAAGCUGCGUUUAUUUGCUACACCACGUAUGGAUGCAUACAUUGACCAAGCCAAGGCAUUUGAUGAGGACCCAUCCAAGCCAUUGCCCACUUCGGACCAAGAUAUGCUCAAAGAACUCGCUGCAGAUCCCCUUGGUACCAUCGCUGGAGCUCUUAGCUACCAUAUUCAGUCUGCCAUUCAGUCCCUUCAAGCCAUUGACAAAAUAAUCAACAAAGCUCGUUGAUCAUAUACAUAUACAUAUGAUCUUAUUAAUUAAUGCAUGUGUGCUUUAAUUAUAUAUAUACUCCUUGUUGUCGUUUCUGCUUUUGCUUAAUUCAGUAUUUAAAUAAUAAGCCCAGAUCAUAAUAAAGUGGUGUGCAUGAGAUGGGAUAUGUAUGGUUUGUAUGGUUUGUUUGGUUUGUUGGUUGCCUAAUAACAGACUUAUUUAAUAA